CGCCUUAAAAUGCUCGAUCCAAGUGACGAAGUAAGUUUCACAUCCCUCCCCUGAUCUCGAUCUCUAUGAUUAGAGCAGCUAGCUAAUCAAAGUGUUAUCAUUCUUUUCAGAUGUCGUGCUACGCCGAUGACGACGGCAGCCGGGGAUCCUCGCCGGGGGGAGAAGGAGACGGCCAGCAGAAGAAGACGUGCGCCGAUUGCGGCACAAGCAAGACCCCUCUAUGGAGAGGCGGCCCUGCCGGUCCCAAGUCGCUUUGCAACGCGUGUGGGAUUAGGAGCAGGAAGAAGAGAAGGGAUAUACUAGGGUUAAACAAAUCGUCAUCCACCGAGAAGAAAUCGGCGGCGAAGAAGGCUCUGACUCAUGGCGGCGGUGGCGGAGGAGGAGGGCAUAAUGGUCACACCAGCAGUAACAAGCUUGUGGGAAACGGGUUGAAAGCGAGAUUUGUGGCGUUGGGAAGGGAAGUAAUGAUGAAGCAGCAGCAGAGAUCGAAGGUGGAGAAGCAGAGAAGGAAGUUGGGGGAGGUAGAGCAAGCGGCGGUUCUGUUGAUGGCUGGGUUGGUUCUUGGGUUGGGCAAGUAAGGCUGAGUUGGCGGGUCGGGUCGUCUUUUUUUAAUGUUUAAAUGUGCUGACUGUGUCUUUCUGUUAGCCACGUCAUCACUUAACGGUCGUCAUUAACGGAGUCUAACGGAGGUUAACGGAGAGUGACCGAAUUUGGACUGUUCAACUAAUUCGAGUGACUAUAAAUGGAAUAAAUCAAUUCGGGUGGCAAACGUGAAAUUUUUAAGCAAUUCGAGUGACCAACCGUUGUUAAUUUGUCAUAAAGUGACGGGACAAAAUGGAAUAUGGAAUCCAUUUUGAACUCAAUGUUACGGCGGCGGACGUCUACAAUGGAGGAAUGUUUCGUUCCGUCUGCUGCUGUUUCUCAGCAAGUCGGGGUCGCCGGCUGCUGCUGUUUCUCGGCGAGUCGAGAACGAACGGAGUCGGGGAGGAAGUGAGGAACUGAAGGAGGCAGGGACGGACAGAUGGAGUCGCCGGCUGCUGUUGUUUCUCGACGAGUCGGGGACGGAGGCAGGCUCUGGAAGGGGCUUCACCUUUUCGGCGGCUGCUAGGAGUGCGAGUAGGGUGGGAGGACGAAGGAAGAAGACAAAUGAAUUUCGUCGGUUAGGGUUGUUUUGUUUGGACGGAUGAAAUUCAAAAUUUUUCUUUUCUUUAAACAAAACAGUGUUGUGUUGUUCAAUCAGGGUUUUUUUUUAAUUAAAAACAAGUACCGGCGGCCUGAUCUAAACCGGCCGAAAUUUCGUCGGUAGGCGGCCCUAUCUAAAUUACCGGCCGACACACAACAAAUCGCUGGGAUUUCCUAUCGUGUCGGACUUGGUCUGGUUUCUGGUUUUUUCGGUUCAACCGGCCGGUCCAAUCCGGUAUCCUGGACCAUGGUCUAGCCUAGCCUAGCCUACUUUUGGAAAUGGAAGUGAAACUGCUUGUGAGUUGUGCCCUGUCUAGAUGUUCCAAUUUUAUCGGAUGUUUCGAAGGGACGACCUACUUAGAUGUUUGACGUGAGCGCAAUCUCGUUGUUGCGCACCUGAACCCGAUCUCAUCGACACUACACACCGUGGCUUCAAAAGGUGAAGAAAGUUUUAUAAAAAAA